UCUCUCACUCUCUCUCCCCUACUGUCUAACACUUUUACUGGGAGUGUGUCAGACAGGUAGUGUUGCCACGGCCCGGACUUGCGCGAGGUGUUUUUCUGCAAGUGUGUACUUGUGCCUGUGUUGUCGUCUUGCUAAGGGCAUGCCAUAAUUAGGACAACGUUUGCCUUCCUUCCGUCCCCCUGAAUCACUCACUCUCAGGGCUGCUAGCCACAAGGGUCACAGCUCAGGAGCGUUGCUCUGGUCAGAACUGUCGCCAAAGAAAUACCGAGAGAGAUGUGUGAGAAUGGAGGGCUCAUGGUGUUGAGAGAGUGUGUGAGGAUAUGCGCUGGCCUCUGUGACUGAACCGCCUGCAUCCUUGUACUCGAGGCUUUACUGGAUAUAGUUAGAGAUUAACUGAGGAACCAGCAUUCAACCAACUUGGACAAUGUACUAUGUGAAAAAGAAGUCUCAGUAUAGCUUGCUGAGCAGCAGUAUGGAGCAGGGAUUGGGGAACCGUGCUGCAUCCACCAGCCCCUACAGCUCCGAGACUGCCUCUAACGUGCCCACACCGUCAUCCUACUCGCAGCCCAACUCCACCUUCGAGGCCAUGUCUCCGGCCCCGGCCAUUCCCUCCAACACAGACUACCCUGGGCCGCACGGCUUUGAGGUCACCUUCCAGCAGUCCAGCACCGCCAAGUCAGCCACCUGGACGUAUUCUCCGUUGCUGAAGAAGCUGUAUUGUCAGAUCGCUAAGACCUGCCCGAUUCAGGUGAAGCUUGCCUCGACUCCCCCGCACGGCAGCGUGGUACGAGCCAUGCCCAUUUACAAGAAGGCUGAGCAUGUGACUGAAGUGGUGAAGCGCUGCCCCAACCAUGAGCUUGGACGUGACUUCAACGAAAGUCAGUCAGCUCCAGCCAGCCAUUUAAUAAGAGUAGAGGGCAAUAACUUGAGUCAGUAUGUGGACGACCCAGUAACAGGCAGACAGAGCGUGUUUGUACCGUACGAAUCCCCACAGGUGGGGACAGAAUUCACAACAAUUUUGUAUAAUUUCAUGUGUAACAGUAGCUGUGUUGGUGGAAUGAACCGCAGACCCAUUCUCAUCAUCAUUACUCUGGAGACAAGAGAUGGUCAGGUCCUGGGUCGGCGCUCUUUCGAAGGCCGGAUAUGUGCAUGUCCAGGUCGAGACCGAAAAGCAGAUGAGGAUCAUUUCAGAGAACAGCAGGCACUGAACGAGAGCGUGGCCAAAAAUGGCAACGUUAAUAAGCGCAAUUUCAGACAAACGCCUCCCAACAUUCCCGGGCCUCCCAUAAACAUCAAGAAGAGGAGACAUGGAGAAGAGGAGAUGUACUACAUCCCAGUACGAGGCAGGGAGAACUUUGACAUCCUGAUGAAGAUAAAGGACAGUUUAGAGUUAGUGGAGCUGGUGCCACAGCAGUUAGUCGACUCCUACAGACAACAGCAACAGCAGCUACUGCACAGACAUGGUCACGUGACCUCUCCGUCACCCUAUGGAACACCUCUGAGCAACAUGAACAAAGUCCACGGCAACAUCAGCAAACUUCCUUCAGUCAACCAGAUAGUGGCGCAUCAGAGCCAUCAGAACGCAGGACCAUCUUCCAGUAUGGUGCACAUGGGUCCGAACAUGCUGGGCGGCCACCACAUGCAGUCGAACGGCGACGUGAACGGUGCGCACCCAGCCCAGUCGAUGGUGUCAGCGUCUCACUGCACUCCGCCUCCACCCUACAACCCUGACCCCAGCCUCAUCAGCUUCUUAACCAGCCUGGGCUGCCAAAACUGCAUCGACUACUUCACAUCGCAGGGCCUCCAGAGUGUGUACCACCUGCAGACCCUCUCCAUGGAGGAUCUUGGAGCUCUUAAGAUCCCAGAGCAGUUCCGUUUGGCCAUCUGGAGAGGCCUCCAGGACAUGAAGCAGGGCCAUGAUUAUGGCCAGCAGCUUAUUCGCUCCAGCAGUAACAUGGCCACCAUGGCCAUUGGUCCUGGAGGUGAACUGCAGCGGCAGCGUGUCAUGGAGGCUGUGCACUUUCGUGUGCGCCACACCAUCACUAUCCCCAACCGCGGCACCACAGCCGGAGCAGACGAGUGGCCGGAUUUCGGCUUCGACAUGCCCGACUGCAAGACUCGUAAGCACUCCAUUAAGGAAGAGUUUGCAGAGAGCGACAUGCGCUGAGAUGUCUCACUAAGGCUCUCACAGAGACCUUGCCAAUUUGCUGCUUUACUUUUUUCUCCAUCAAGCUCCUUUCUUUUUUCUUUUUUUAAAAAAAACUGAAAUGGACAGUUAUAUCUUGGUUUCAGUGUCAUGUUUAUCUUUUUUUUAAAGCAGUUCCUUUCAAACUUUUUUCUUUUUCUCACUUUCAUAACAUGUAAAUGCGACAGGAACACCUCCCAGAACUUUUUUUUUUCAAUGGACAACUAGCAAUUUUAUAAAUUAUAUCAACUACAACACAAUGAUGUGUAUACUGUAUGGUGACUCACAUUAAUGGACCGAAAAAACAUGUUAGGACCAUAUUAUAACAACAACAGACUUCACAUCUGUAUGUCUCAAAGAAU